GGCGCGGCCCCGGCGGCGGGAGCCCCGCUCGGGGCGGCGGGACCGGGCCCGGAGCUGCCAUGGCCCACGGGCGCUCGCGGAAGCGCUCGCGGAGCCGGAGCAGAAGCGGCUCCCGGAGCAGGCAGGAGAGGAAGGAGAAGAAAAGGAGGAAGAGCAGCAAGGACUCGCAGCAGGGCAGCAGCUCUCCACUGAGGAAGAGGAUCUCUGGCUCUCAUGGACACAGCUCCAGCCUGGCAGCGGCCAGGGAAGAGAAGAAGAAGGAAGGAAAGGACAAAAAGAAGAGGAAGGCCAGUACCUCUUCCUCUGGGACGUCUUCGUCCACUAGCUCUUCCUCAUCUUCCUCUUCCUCCAGCUCCUCUUCUGAUGACUCCAGUGACAGCGACUCCAAAGUGAAGAAGAGUCAAGAUAGCAAAAAAAAGCGAGUGAAACAGAAAGACAAAAAGAAGAGGAAGAAGAAGAAGAAAAAAAUAAAGAAGAAAUCAAAGAAGAAGGCAAAGGAGAAGGCUAAGGAGGAGAAAGCCAAGGGAGAAGAGGUGCCUGGCCCCUCGCUGGAGCAGUGGCAGAAGGAGUCAGUGGUGGACUCUGGGCCAGCUCUGACAGACGAGCAGAAGUCCCGGAUCCAGGCCAUGAAGCCAAUGACAAAGGAGGAGUGGGAUGCGAGGCAGAGCGUCAUCAGGAGAGUGCUGGAUCCUGAGACAGGGAGAACCAGGCUCAUUAAGGGGGACGGGGAAGUCCUGGAAGAAAUCGUCAGCAAGGAGAGACACAAGGAGAUUAACAAGCAAGCCACCCGUGGGGAUGGGCUGGCCUUCCAGGUGAGGACAGGGAUGCUGCAGUGAGGGCAGGCCCCAGCCAGCCCUGGAGCCCGUCCUGUG